GUAACACCGCUCCUGUUCAUUGUCCAUGUAACAUGCUGUUGAGGAGAAGCUCGUUCAUUUAAGUAAACACGGCGUUCAAAUGGACCGCAGCUUGAAGAGACGGCAGGUAAAACCACUUGCUGCCUCUCUCCUUGAUGCCUUGGACUACGACAGUUCGGAUGACAGUGACUUCGAAGUUGGAGAUGCUUCAGGCUCCGAAGGCACCGGUAAUGGCAGUGACGAGGAAGAGUCUAAAGUGAGUGCUGCAGGUUCCGAAAGCGACUCGGAGAUUGCUGCUUCAGCAGACGAUGGCGUAGAUGACGAGAUCAAACACCUGGCUGCCGAAGACAACUUGACUGAGGAUGAGGAGAAGAACAAACAGCAGCCUUCCUCAGAUAGCUCCUCUAAAGAUAUCCCUUCUGUUGCCACAUCCAAAGGCAGGCGGAAAAGCAAGAAGACUUCAGAACCAGGCCCCGCUGCAGCGGAUGAACCUGAAUCAGCUCAGCUCAGCUCAGCUUCUGGAGGCAGCAGCGUAAAUGCUGAGGAGUCCCUGACGGAGCCCAAGAAAUGGAACUUCCGUAGGAAUCGGCCUCUGUUGGACUUCACUACCAUGGAAGAACUGAAUGAAAUAGAUGACUACGACAGCGAGGACGAUAAUGACUGGAGGCCCACCGCAGGGAGGAAGAAAGGCAAGACAGCUACUCAGAAAGGCGCCACGGAGGAAGAGGAGGGUGCUAGCGCUAGUGACGAUGACGAUGAUGACGAUAAUGAUGAUGAUGAUGAUGACAACGAUGAUGAUGACGACGACGACGAUGAAGACGACGAUGGCAAGGAAGAUGGUGAUGAUAACAACAACAACAACAGCAGCAGUGAUAGUGAUAAAGAGGUGAAGAAACCCAAGAAGAAGGUGAAGAGCAGCAGUGCCUUUGAUGACGAAUUGACCAAUGACAGUAUGUCCCAAGGAAAGGGUAACGAGGAUACUUUACUUGACCGUACACAGGCGUGGAACACUCACCACAUCCUCAUCUGCUGCGUUUGCUUAGGAGACAACAGUGAAGAUGCAGAUGAGAUCAUUCAAUGUGACAACUGUGGGGUGACUGUGCAUGAAGGGUGUUACGGUGUGGACGGUGAAAGCGACUCAAUUAUGAGCUCAGCCUCUGAAAAUUCAACAGAGCCAUGGUUCUGUGACGCCUGCAAGAACGGAGUGACUCCCAGCUGUGAGCUGUGCCCAAACCAAGAUGGCAUCUUCAAAGAAACAGAUGCUGGAAGGUGGGUGCAUGUGGUUUGUGCACUUUAUGUCCCUGGGGUAGCGUUUGGAGAUAUCGAUAAACUACGACCAGUGACGCUUACUGAGAUGAAUUAUUCAAAAUAUGGAGCAAAGGAGUGCAGCUUCUGUGAAGACACUCGCUUUGCCAGGACUGGAGUAUGCAUCAGCUGUGAUGCAGGAAUGUGCCGAUCCUACUUUCAUGUCACCUGCGCACAGAAAGAAGGACUUCUGUCUGAGGCUGCAGCUGAGGAGGAUAUUGCGGAUCCAUUUUUUGCGUACUGCAAACAGCAUGCCGAUCGCUUCGACAGGAAGUGGAAAAGGAAGAAUUAUCUGGCUUUACAGUCUUACUGUAAGGUCUCCCUGCAGGAGAGAGAGAAGCAGCUGACUCCUGAAGCUCAGGCCAGAAUCUCCACCCGCCUGCAGCAGUAUCGAGCAAAAGCAGAGCUGUCCAGAAACACUCGACCUCAGGCCUGGGUGCCCCGCGAGAAACUGCCUCGACCUCUGACCUCGAGUGCUUCGGCCAUCAGGAAGUUGAUGAGGAAGGCAGAACUGAUGGGCAUCAGCACAGAUAUUUUCCCCGUGGACACAUCUGAUGCCAACGCCAGCAUGGAUGGACGCAGAAAACACAAGCAGCCUGCCCUCACAGCAGACUUUGUCAACUAUUACCUCGAGCGGAACAUGCGAAUGAUCCAGAUCCAGGACAACAUCUCUGAGCAGAAGAACCUAAAAGACAAACUGGAGAGUGAGCAAGAAAAACUUCAUGUGGAGUACAACAAGCUCUGUGAGUUUUUGGAGGACCUGCUGAAUGUGAAUGGAACCUUGCGAAGUGAAGGCCAGGCCAUGUGGACCAUGCUGGGGGGCAUCGUGGGCCAGAAAUUAAACACUCCUGCAAUUUUAAAAGCUCCAAAAGAAAGAAAGCCAAGCAAGAAGGAAGGAGGAACUCCUGGAAAGUCAUCUAGCCUGCCGGCGAUACUUUACAGCUGUGGAAUCUGUAAGAAAAACCAGGACCAACAUCUGCUGGUGCUGUGCGACACAUGCAAGCUUUAUUAUCACCUGGGCUGCCUGGAGCCUCCACUAACACGAAUGCCCAAGAAGACCAAGAAUAGUUAUUGGCAAUGCUCUGAGUGCGACCAGGCCAGCAGCGAUGAAGCCGACAUCGCGAUGGAGACGUUGCCUGAUGGCACCAAGAGGUCCAGGAGACAGAUAAAAGGACCAAUCAAAUUCAUCCCACAAGAAAUGUCACCAGAACCCAAAAAACAGCAAGUGAGAGGCACGGUGUGAUGAGUGCCAGCUCUGCUAUCACUUCGGAUGCCUGGACCCCCCGCUGAAGAAAUCUCCCAAGCAGACAGGAUAUGGCUGGAUCUGCCAAGAGUGUGACACAUCCUCAUCCAAGGAGGAGGAGGAGGAGGAACCGCAGCUGCAGGAGAAUGAUCCUGUCAAACAGGAAGUGGCAGAGCAGGAGAUUCCAAAUUGAAGCUGAUGGAGAGUAUGUGGACGUCUCACCUCCCGUCUUUGCCUUUUCUGUUCAGACUAUAGCAGCGAAAACUUUCUACUAGCCUUCCAAAGUUUGGAUUCAGCCAGCAGUUAGCUUCCACUCUAGAAAGCUUAACAACCAGAGAUGUAUUUUAGAAAACACUAUUCAGAUAAUGAGAUUUUUAGUUUUAAGGGUAGAGUUUGUACUUAUAGAUGGAGCUGAACCGAUGGACAGUUUCUCUUGAUCAUUCAGGAGCUACAAAUGUCUGACAUUUCUGAAACACUCGAUGCAACCUGUUUUCAUACGUGAUUGAUCAGAAAAUGUGUUCUCAGAAUCCUGUUUACAAACUCAAGCAAGCACAUUGUGGCAGAACGUUUGAUUUCCUUUGAGCCCACAGAACACAUUUCUAUGCUGAGCACACCUUUACCUGCCUGACGUCAGCAGUGAAGCUUUUUUAUUGUCUUCAAACACAUUUCAUUUGACUGGUUGGUUUUUGAAUUGCGUGUUUAUUUUCCUUUUCUUUCGUAAAACAUCAGAAUCUGUUCCCACCGUUGUGUAAAGUAUUAAGUUUUCUUCUUGUCCUACCAGUAAGGGUGUCCCGAUCAAGAUUACAGUUGGAUGGGUAUUUGAUAUCACACCAUAUUAUCUUAGACUUGUGAAUUAAAUCAUAACAGACUUUGUGAUAUCAAGAAACUCAUCAUCCAAACCAAUCGAUAUUGUGAUAAAGCUGGUGAUUCACACCCCCCAUUUCAUGAUAUUACCUCUGUCAAGCUUCAGAUGGUGCUGUUUAACAAAUACAGUAGGUCACCUGACUGGGCUGCUAGCUGCAAUGAUGCUUAAGGCUGGUUUAUACUUCAACAAACAUGAGACAGCGGAUCGGUUAUUGGGAUAUUUUAGAGGUCUUUGUCUCAGAGUGUUCAUAGUGAGAGGAUGGCACGGGGAAAUUUCAUCAUAACUUCUUCCUCCACCCUCCCACAGUGCUCCCAAUGGAGCACAAGUCAUGCUCAUAGCUAAGCAUAUAAACAACCCAGUGAUAGCAAGAUAGACAAAGGUUGUUGUUUUUUUCUCACUUAUUAAUCGAGGACAGGUCCAGAUACGAUCAGGGCAAUUCCUACAUCUACAUAAACACUACGUUUUAUAUUUUUUAUAUUUCCUAUUUAUUUCAGGUCAAGUCAUAUCUUGUGUUAAGGUUCAGUAAACAAGCCAAAUGAAGCUGUUACAGGCAUCCUUUCACUUAAGCGGGUAGCAUGAGGACACCAGUCAUUUCAAUGUCCUCUGUUUCAUAUGGUCAUUGCAUUUGGCCACUUGAGUACCGUCCCUUGAGGACCCCCUUCAGCUCAGGGCUCUAGAUAAAUGCCUACCUGCCUGCCUGACAUCACUAAUACAAGACAGUUAACCCUAGACCAGAGGCAGUUCUCAUGCAAAUGUCUGCUGCUCGUUUUGACAAACUCGUCCACCUGUUACAUUCAGCACGUACUGACGCACAGCGUGCCGACCUGAGUCCUGGAGAGACCAUCGGUGACACUUCAAGCUUUGUAGAGAUGGUAUGUUUUGUUAAGCGGAGCUAGAGAUGCACCGAUCCGAUAAAUAUCAGUAUUGAAAAAAAUCUAGAUCGGAUAUUGGUGAACGUAGGGCCUCUAUUGCAUAUAUUCAGUCUAAUUUGACAUGGUAAGUCAAAAAUAUUUGUCAGAGACGGCAAUAGAGACUAGAAUAGAAACUGCACGGUAAAGUGUGCUAACACAUAGAGGAGAUAAAAUAUGUCAAAGCCAUGAGUUUUAUGUGAUAUAUUUUACAUUACUUUUUGAAUUACUAAUUGCUCUUUUUUACAUUGAAUGUUAUACUCUUAUACCCCUGAAGAAGGUAAAGUUGAGUUAUUUCUACCUGCUUCACUAAGCUUGUGAAGCUAUUCAUUUAUUUAGGGUUACUGUAGACUACGGGAGCACAGUGAUCAAAUGUAUAAUUCAGAACAUUUAAGUGUUUAAAAAAAGAGGAAACAAAUGUUUAAGUCAACUGAACAAUGUUUGUGAAAACGAAUCGGUAUUGUUCAGAUAUUUGUAUCGGACGUGAAAAAAGUGGAUCGGCGCAUCCCUAAGCAGAACUGUCCUACGCCUUUCCCCUGAGCUGCGUUAAUCCACUUCUCUGCCUGUUUGCUGUGAAAAAAAUGAAGGGGGAACGAUUGUCUCUGUGGUUAAAAAGGAAAAAUAAAGAUAAUGCAAGGAAUAAAACUAUGAACGCCCUUUUACUACCCACAACUACUAUUUCUAUUGUUCGUUGCAAGGAGCCAUUCAAAAGAUUCGGAGGGAUAACAGGUGGAAGCUACGCAAUUUUGUCAAUCAUCAUCGACAAAACGAGUGACUUGAAGUAUAAACCAGCCUUUACACUGAUAACAGGAAAUUGUUGUUCAUUGUUACAUGCUCUACUUUGGAUUGAAUGAUGCAAACAUCUUGGGUAGAUGAAAAUCUCUUGUUUGCCUCAUCCUUUUUUUUAUUAAAUUUGCUGCAACGAUGCUAACAGGUAAAAACAGCUUGCGCACCAUCGUAAAAAAAAUGUUCCGUACAUGAUAAAUCGCUGGCAUAAAUUUUUAUGUGGUCUCUAUUGUGAAUGCUGUAUUUCAGUUGUAAUUCAGUGCGAUUGAUUCAUGUGAAACCAUAGACAGUACUGACUCAGGAUCUGAGUGCCAGCUACUCCACUACAGAUCAGUGAAUGAUGCCUUAAUCAGUACUCUAAUCUGAUACCUGGGAUUGGCUCGGGACAUCCCUACUACUACUUGUUUAUCAGUUUGAUUUCAGUUCCUAAAUCCCAGUCUUAGCAGUUUUAUCUGUCUUUAGUUUAAACUCUUUGGGGAAUCGUCUCCCACAUCUCAGUAAAGCAGCUAAACAUUUUAUAUGAACGUAUGUAAAAACAGGCUUCAGUCAUCUCAAACCAGCUGCUCCAUUUACAUUGUUUUUUUAGAUAAUGCGAAGAGUCAGAAAGUGAUGACUACAUUUAGUUCCCAUGACUGUUCUGCUCAUGUAUUGGAUCUGACCAGAGCCACUGUCCGGCUCAACAAGUGUCAGAUAUCCACAGUGAAUCUGGAGUUGACCCCUGAAGUGCCAAUAAAUCUGAAGUGCAAAACAGU